CGACGGAAUCAUCGCAGGCAGGCAGCGGGGAAAGGAAGACUGCAGACAUUUCUCCUCGAGGUGGCUGCCGAUCGAGACUUACGCCGCUCCGCUCGCUUUCUUGCCAUGUCGUGGCGCGAGAACCUGCUGUUGUGACCGAUCCUUGCUCUCAGCCCCAAAAUGGUGUCCUCCGUACAACUGCUGCUGCUGCUCUGUGCCAUAAUCGUCAGUGUCCAAAGUGUCCGGUUUCCCGAGCGCCGCGACGCGAUCGACGACGAGCUGCAGGACAAACCCGUCGAGCCGUCCUCGUCGACGCAAGAAAAAGAGGAAGAAAACCCGCGCGACGCACGCCACCUCGGCCCUGGAGGCUUCCACGGCGGCCUCCUGGACGACGCCGUCGCCCCAGAGGACGCGGAUCCGUACAGGCACAGGGGUAGGGGCAGAAGGCCCUUCCCGCAGGACCAGAGUGUCAAGCAGUAUCAGCGCCCGAAUCGCGAUUACGAACUGCUCGUCGAUCUUCUGGUCCGAAAUGCCAGCCGCUGGGACGGCUUCAACGUCGACGGAUCCCCUGGACGCUUUCAGGACAGACUCGCCCAAAUGUUAAAUGAAAUGAUUCCGCAGUCAUGCUGGUAUCGCGGCGAAAAAUUCGAGUGCGGCCUGAGUUUGAGUUGCGUUUUGAGCAACAGCAAACCCUUGGACCUGUGCAGCGGCGGUAUGAUCUGGAGCUGCUGCGUGCCAUACUCGAAACUGACGUCUAGCAGUGAGGAAUCCACCCCUGCGGUUGCUGCCCUCGAAAAUGCCACACUCAGUUUCCUACUGAAUCAACCGCCACCAAGUAACAUGUUCAACAACUUCAACGAUCGCCCUCCGUUCUUCGGGGGCCCUGGGGGUGAUUCGCGGCCCCCGCCGUUUAGGCCGCCAAUGCAGCCGCCGGUGCUGCCGCCACCGUUGCCGCAGAGACCACCUAUUCAUCCUGUCCCGGAUUAUAUCCAUGACGACUACAACCGACCCUCGGGGCCAGGCCAGCUGAAUUACAGGGGUUGCGGAGAGCUCUACACCAGGAGCAACCGAAUCGUCGGCGGACACAGUACUAGUUUCGGCAGCCACCCUUGGCAGGCAGCCAUCAUUAAGUCGAGCUUCCUGUCUAAGAAGCUUUCUUGCGGAGGCGCGUUGGUCAGCAAUCGUUGGGUGGUGACUGCAGCGCAUUGUGUGGCAACGACUUCAAACAGCAAUUUGAGAGUGCGGCUCGGCGAGUAUGACGUGCGAGAACAAUCGGAGCGCCUCGCUCAUGAAGAGUACGCGAUCGAACGCAAAGAGGUUCAUCCUCAAUACAAUCCCACCGACUUCAGAAACGACCUUGCCCUUUUGCGCCUGGACCGCGAGGUUGCCUUCAAGCAGCACAUUAUCCCCGUUUGCCUGCCGAAUUUAAGGACCAAGCUGGUGGGCAAGCAGGCCACCGUUGCCGGCUGGGGCCGCACUAGACAUGGUGUGACGUCGGUUCCGAGCGUGCUGCAAGAAGUGGACGUGGAGGUGCUCACCAACGAUAGGUGUCAGAGGUGGUUCAGGGCAGCUGGAAGAAGGGAAACCAUUCACGACGUCUUCCUCUGCGCUGGAUACAAAGAAGGAGGACGCGACAGUUGUCAGGGCGAUUCUGGUGGACCACUGACCACGAGCGUCGACGGACGGCGAGUGCUGAUUGGACUCGUGUCGUGGGGCAUCGGCUGCGGCAGGGAACACUUGCCAGGUGUCUACACCAACAUCCAGAAGUUUGUCGGUUGGAUCGAACGGAUUGUUGCUUAAACGAGCGAAGACGAAUCAAGCAGAGUUUUCAAAACCAUCUGUGAUGUAUUUAUACCUGACACAGUUCAUAACAAUGAGUGAUCGAGGUGUUUAAAUUGUGCCUAAAAAACUGUACGAGACCGUUUGACUUUUACCUCAUGUACCAGUUUGUAAAUACCAACAUAAUUCUUUUGUAACACCUACUUACUCCGGGCGCUUUGUUCCGUUCCGUUCCGUCCCACUAAAGAGUGGAAAUUACCAGCAAAGUAACCAGUAAUACCGUACCGUUGUUUACAAACGAUUAUAUUUAUUUAAAUAAUUUAUUUUAGUAUUGGCCUUAUACUGAAAACAAUCGAAAUGUAAUCCAGUUAUGUUAGCUAAAAUUUAGACUAGGCAGAUUUACAACCUCUUUGUAUAAAAAUUAAACAUGUGUAAAUAUACAAUA